AAGGGAUAACCGCGUGUGGUGACGUCAUCAAUCGUCCGUUAAAGACUAGCCAGCGAAUCAGAUGUGGAGGAGGAGAACAUUUGCUGCGUCCUCCGACAGCCACAGCUAUCCUCUCACUGGCUGUCUUUUUAAUAUGCUUAUUGCAGCAGUGAAAUAAUUCACCAGCCACUCAUUUGGUGACACAACGGAGACUGAAACGCAAACGCCGCCUCAGCGCGCUAACGUCGCUGGAGUGCAACUAAGCUAGUAGUUCUGGCGCAUUUCGGAUGAGCAUCCUGGCCUUAUUUGAGCAUGGACCGCAGCAGAACGGUACAUAAGUCUACAGGCAAGGACUACUCCAGCUCUGAUGACGACGUUCCUCUCGCGGAGCUCGUUGUGAAGCGCCCCACAAAGGAGAAGGCGUUGCCAGAGAACGUGAACAGCUCGAAAGAAGAUUCUAAAGAGGACAGAAGUGCCGUGCUCACCUGCGUUCCAGCGAUCAACGGCGCGACGAAGGACUUCAUCCGUGGGUUUGGCGGCAAGCAUCAGCUAGGCGUCUUCUAUCAGGAUGAUGAGCCGGUGGUUAAGAUAAAAAUGUCUUCAAGGAAGAAAGAGAACAAGUUGUCCACAUUCCAUAGCAAAAAAUGGAAGAACGCAGCAGACGACAGCUCUGACAACGGCCCGUUGGUCAAAGCGAAAGUCUCGUCCAAAUCUGGCAAGAAAAACGUCUCGACGCCGCCCAAGAAAUCUGCCAUUAAGAAGAAAGAGUUGCGGGACGAGGACGCAAGUUCAGAUGACGAGCCUUUGAGCGUACGUGCCAAGAAGCUGAAGCCUCAACACAAGGAAAUUUCGCCUGUGAGCACAUCCCAAGCAGAAAAUGAGGCAAAAUCCAAAAGGAGUGCUGCAAAGAAAAGAGUCAAAUAUACAGAAUCUUCCAACGAGAGCUCAGAGGAUGAGCCGCUGGCGACCAUUUUGAGGAGGAAAGCCAUCGCCGCCCGUCAGCAGACGCCAGGAAACAGCAAGAAGAGCAGACCGAGGCGAGGUGGAAAAGCACGUAAAGAGCCUCCAUCCUCACACGACACCUCAGACGACGACACCGCCGCAGAUGACACGCCACUAGUGACCCCCGUCGCCAAACAGAGGAAGCCUGCCGAGGAAAAGAAAGUGAAAAAAAGUAGUCCAUCGCAAGGCAGCGCAUCUAAAAAGAGACGAGCAGGUCAGUCUGACAACAGCUCGGACGACGAGCCUCUCAUCAACCUGGUGAAGAAAUCCCAAACGGAAAAGACAUCAAAGCUGAAGAAACCAGCCUCGGCUCUGAAGAAGAAGGUGGCAACUCCCAAAGCAGGCAAAAAGAAGCUCCUGCAAGCUGGCAGCUCAGACGACGAACCUUUAAUGGAAGCAUUCAAACAUCCUCAAGUGACCAAGAAGCUCACCAUCAAACUGGAGAGGUGUGAGAUUAAGGAAGCUGCUGCCACAGGAAGUCAAAACAGAGAAUGGCGAGUUGCCGAGGAGCCCAACGAGCAACUGUUGGAGAGCUCAGAGUAAAAGGAAAAUAUGUUAUUUAUGUUUGAGUGUUAACCAUAUGAGGGACUCCUAGUGGUUUUGAACCAGAUUAGUUUGAAAAGCUUUUAGAGAGAGUCCCUCCUAAACAGUAUUGUUGGGGAAAAAACAUGUUUUGUAUGUAAACGAGUCAAUUUGUUGGCUCCAGUUUUUAAGUUUGGGACCAAACGUUUUCAGUUUGACUCCAAACACCACUUGCUUUUAUGUGCACACCCGCAUGUUUCUUAAAUGUUUUACUAUUUGUGCCAAUUGUUUGAUUCCAGUGGUUUCCUUUAUUGUUUACAACGAAGAAAACUGUGAAGUUGCACACCAAUAUUUGCAUCUUUUUUCUUCAAUAAUUGAAUGUACGUUUAGCAUGAUUUAGUGAUAAAUUAAACAUACAAGCAAUGAAUGAGUUGUCUUAUUGUACUUAAAAAACAAAACAACAUUUAGCUUUGUUCACACUGCAGGUCAAUUCUGAUUUUUUUGCCCAUAUGCAACCUGUAUCGGAUUUUUUAAUGUCAGUGUGAACAGUGCAAUAAUAAAUUUUUCAUAUCCGA